UUAAUUUUUGUUACAAUUGGUUUAUUUUUAUUUACUGUUAUUGUUUUUAUAAAACUUGGCCAAUGUGAUCAUCUAUUGAAAAGUAUUAUGCAUCGAUGGCGACAAAUUAGUAUACAACAACAACAACAACAACGACAACAGCAACAGCAACAUUCUAUCAAUGAUUAUAAUCAUAUUGAACGAUUCAUGAUGGAACAUACGGAUACAUUACUUGUAAUCGAAACAAUGGAUGGACAAUAUUCACAUAUGUUAACCACAUUUUUAAUGGCAACAACACCAUUAAAUAUAUUUCUAAUGGGAUCAUUGAUCAUUCAAUAUCAACAACAAUCACUAUUAGAAGGAUUAUUAACAUUAUCGAUGGCCUUACAACAAUGGAUCGGUGUAUUUGGUGCACAUUUAUUAUGUGCUUAUUUUUCCAUUAAGAUACAUAAAUGUUCCAAAUGUUUAUUAUCGAUGGCAGCAAAUUGUACAUCAUUAUCAUCAAAUCGACAACGACGAUGGUGGCUGUUACGAAAACAAAUACGAUUAUCGAAUUAUAUUGAAAAAUUUCAUACAAAUAAUCAUUAUGGUUUAACAUAUUCAAAAAUUACAUUAAUAUCAGUCAAAUCAUUUGCAAAGGUUUGUAUUUAUAUAUAUGAUAAUAAUAUCUAGACACACCUAUUUAUGAUAAUGAUGACACUUGUGCUGUUUUAUUUUCUUCUUCUUUUUUGUUGUUGUUUUUUUUUCAACAUCAUAGUUUCUAUUCAUCUAUGUUAAAUGUUUCUGUUUUGCAUAUAAAUUGUUAAAAAAAUCUGAAAAAAUUUAGCAGAUGAUGAUGGUGAUGAUGAUGGCGAUGAACUUGGAAACGAUAUUGUCAUAUAUCUAAUCUAAUCUUGAUUAUUACAUUAAAGAUAAUAAAAUCCGAAUGCGUUUACCAUUAUAAAAUAUAUCAUUGAGAUGCCAUGUUUUUUUGGUGUUUAUUUUACUGAUUCAGUUUCAGUUUUUUUGGGUGUUGUUUUUCCAAAUAGGAAAAAAACCAA